UCUCCAAUUCGCAUUUCAUUUCAAUUUCAGACGUUACUUUCUUCUUCUUCUUCUUCUUCGUCUGCACCAUUUCUCUCUCUGAAAAAUCUCUUCUUCUUCUUCUUCUCUGUUUCCUCCACCGGCGCUGGAGAUGAACGCCGUUACCUUCCUCUCUCCGAUCUUCUUCUUUUCCUUAAGUGAAGUGGUUCUUUCUUCCUCCGGUUUCUCCUCCGAUCGAUGAGUGUAACUGUCGAACCACGCUUUCUUCUCUCUCUCAGAUCUCUCGCUGCUAUUCUUCUGCUGCUAUAGAUAACUAUUUUUGAGUAUGUGUGGUGGUCCAGAACAAUCCAAUUCUGCAUCGACUACAUCGCCCAACUCAUCUAACCCCAAAGACAUGAAUCAUUUGACUGUUGAUUGUGAGGAUUCUUUUUAUAGUUUACUGGAGCUUGCUUCUGACAACGAUGUGGAAGGCUUCAAACGUAUGAUGGAGUCUGAUUUGUUUUCUCUUAACAAGUCUGGUCUCUGGUAUGUUCGUCAAAAAGGCUCAAAACAAGUUGUUCAUGAGCACAGGACACCCCUGAUGGUUGCUGCCACAUAUGGUUGUGUUGAUGUUCUGAAGCUGAUACUAUCAUAUCCUGAGGUUGAUGUUAAUCUCUCUGCUGGCACAGACAAGAGCACUGCUCUCCACUGUGCUACUUCGAGUGGAUCUGUGAAUGCUGUUGAUAUUGUUGAUUUGCUUUUAUCUGCUGGUGCUGACCCAAGCUGCAAGGAUGUUAAUGGUGACCGCCCUGUGGAUGUCAUUUUUGUUCAUCCAAAGUUGCAGAAGCAGAGUACAAGGUUCAAGCUCGAGGAAGUUCUUAAUAAUCAUUCAAAUGGAUCCAUGGAUGUGUCCUGUUUACAUUUGUCAAUCAAAACUCCCAAUUCAGAUUCUCCACCGCUAUCUUCAUCACUGGAGGAUGAAUUCCCAUCUCCACCCAAGUCUAUAUCUUCUCCCAAAUUUGCUGAUGGGUUUGGAAACUCUACAAAGGAGAAGAAAGAAUAUCCAAUUGAUCCGUCACUUCCUGACAUCAAGAACAGCAUAUAUGCAACUGAUGAGUUUCGCAUGUUCUCUUUCAAGGUUAGACCUUGUUCUCGGGCAUAUUCUCAUGAUUGGACCGAGUGUCCUUUUGUCCACCCAGGGGAGAAUGCUCGCAGAAGAGACCCAAGGAAGUUUCACUACAGCUGUGUUCCUUGCCCAGACUUCAGAAAGGGGGCUUGUAGGCGUGGGGAUAUGUGUGAAUAUGCACAUGGAGUGUUUGAGUGUUGGCUACAUCCAGCACAGUAUCGAACACGUCUUUGCAAGGAUGGCACCAGUUGCAAUAGGCGGGUCUGCUUCUUUGCUCACACCAAUGAAGAACUAAGGCCAUUGUAUGUGUCCACUGGAUCUGCUGUCCCUUCCCCACGAUCAAUUGGGUCUGCACCAACUGUAAUGGAUAUGGCUACUGCAUUGGGUCUUCUGCCUGGUUCCCCCUCAUCAGUGGCUGCUUUAUCUCCAUCACCAUUUACUCAAUCCAUGUCUCCCUCUUCUAAUGGGGUUUCUCACUCUUCUGUGAACUGGCAGCAGCCAAAUGUGCCGACUCUUCAUCUACCAGGAAGUAACCUUCAAUCCAGCCGGUUGCGAUCAUCUCUGAAUGCCAGGGAUAUGCCUCUGGAGGAUUUGAAUGGCUUGCCAGACUAUGACAACCAGCCACGGAUUUUGAACGAUUUGAACUGUUUCUCUCAGCCUCGUCCGAGUGCUGUGUCUGUUAGCCGAUCGGGCUGGACCCAAACACUAACUCCUAACAACCUUGAAGAGCUUUUUUCUUCUGAGAUUUCUUCGUCUCCCAGAUUUUCUGAUCCAGCUGCCAAUGUCUUUUCCCCUACUCGGAAAUCAAAUAUGCUAAACCAAUUCCAGCAGCAGCAGCAGAACAUGUUGUCACCUAUCAAUACAAACAUUAUGUCCCCUAAGAAUGUUGAUCAUCAUUUGUUGCAGGCCUCUUUUGGAGUUUCAUCCCCGGGAAGGAUGUCGCCGAGAAGCACUGAGCCACUGUCCCCAAUGGGAUCUAGGUUCUCUGCCUUUGUACAGCGUGAGAAGCAACAUCUUCGCACUCUCAGUUCAAGGGAGCUCGGAUCUAAUGUCCCAAACUCAUUAAUCGGAUCUCCUGUCAGUUCUUUGCCUAAAUGGGGGUCCCCCAAUGGAAAGGUAGAUUGGUCGGUUGGUAAGAAUGAACUGGGUCAACUGAGAAGGUCAUCUUCUUUUGAAAUGGGAAAUAAUGGGGAGGAGCCUGACUUAUCAUGGGUUCAAUCCUUGGUGAAGGAAUCCCCACCUGAGAUGCUAAAAGAGAAGCUGGCAGUGCCCGGGAUGGGUGCUGCGGCAUCCGGUGAGGGUCUAACUACUACUAAAUCACAAUUAGAAUCCACUGAUCAUUCUGUGAUAGGAGCUUGGCUUGAGCAGAUGCAGCUUGAUCAGCUUGUAGUGUAGUACAACAAUAACAACAAAAAAAGAAGGCAUUUUCAUUUUACUCGUCUGAGAUAGGUAUUUUACCCUAAAAUUCUUUCUGGGUAAAGGUGAAGGCAGGGUAUGAACAGAGGUGAAUAUGAUGAUGUGGAGGAAGAAUAGGAAGGAGGUUGGUUGGAAGAAGGGUCAGAUUGAUUACUCUACUCCUUAAGAUCAAUUCAAUUACUUACCAUUCAUUAUUUUACAUCAGUCAAGUCCGUCAUUCUCUGGGCCAAAGGAAACUUGUCCAGGUUCCAUUAUAUUUCUCUCCCCCUUUUUUCUGCAAUUUCAUUUCCAACAAAGGCUUCUUGAUUUAAAGCUGUAGAAACCAAGAGCUUUUCUUUUCUUUUUUUCUUUUUUUCCUUUCUAUUUUUAAUUUUUCCAUCCAUAUAUAAAACAAAAAGAAGAGGUUAAUUAUCUUUCAGGAGGAGGAUGAUGAUGUGUACUGCCUAAAGAUUGUCCAAUUUGUUGAGUUUCCUCUACGUUGAUGUAAAACUUUUAUUCUGAAGUUUUUUUUUUUUUUUUUUAUUAUUAUUAUUAUAAUUAUAACUAUUGUAUUAUUUAUUAAUUAUAUUAUUAUAUUAAAAAAA